AUGGUCAGGGCGGGAGUUGACAUGACAUCUUGCUCACCUUGCUCGGGGAGGCACUGGGGUGCGGCCAGGGGCCAGAGCUUCUACACGGAGGGAUAUUGGCAACCACGCGCUCAAGACUGGACGGCCAACCAGCAGAGCGUGGCUUUGAUCAAGAACACGUACGAUAGACAAGGGCGUGGCCAGGCCAAGGCAGGAUUCUGGGAUUAUUUUUUUCCAAAGUAUUUCCAAUUUUACAUUCAAAUUUAUUUCCAACCUUGGGUCUAUUUCCAAGCAAAUUUCCAAUACUGGUUCCAUUUUGUUUCUGGCUUCACGUCAAAUUUAUUUUCAAUUCUGUUUCCAAUUUCUGCGGUUCGGGCACUGAUUUUGUAG